AUGUCUGAAUCAAUCAUCUUGGACGUCUCACGACUUCCUGGUGAGCUUCAGACCAUCAUCUGGAGAUUCGUACUCCGUGACGACCGUCCAGGCGUUCUGGUGUUUGGUUACCACAAUGUACCCAACAACGACAAUGCCCAGAACGCUCUGUCAACUAACAUUACAACAGCCAUGUCCUCGUACCUCAUCGAACGUGCUCUGUGGACCCUCUGCCAUGAGUCGCGACGUGUCGUUCUUCUAUCUUUCGUGGACCAGUUGCAGCAGCAUAACGCACACCGUAUGCUUUACCUUACCCCGCCGGUCGCAUGGGGACCUCUCAACUGGCCUGGACUGGGCGCCCGAUGUCCUUCAAUGUAUUUCCUCAACAACGGCCCUGAUCGUCAAUACAUUACAGGUGCUCCUACUAGAGACUUGUUCAUUUUCCACAUCGACCAGUUCGAGGCUCUUGGAAUGAUAACACCCCCAGAGGCACAAGGUCUUCGCCCUGCUCAGACUGUAACUAACGUCGGCAUCGAGUUUAACCCGUUAUGGCAUGACGACGAAUACUAUACGUCACGAUACUUUGAGAACUUCCAAAACAUGUGGAGGGUGCUCCGGGGACAAGAACGCUUGCUUAACCUUUGGAUCAUCGAUACAUCCCUCAAGAGGAAGGAUGAUGCUCCGCCCCUGUCAGGUGGUCUCCAGUCAUUCUUCGCGCAGGGCAAGAAGUUCUCACAACUCGAAUACGAAUUCUUUGGACGAGACGCUGCUGCAGAAAGUCUAGAGCACUGGGACUUUGUUCGACCCGUCAAGCAUGACUGGCAGCCUGCUUCGAUGUCAUUCGUGCAGGACCUGUCGUUCAACAGAGAUGCGCUGGAUGAACAAUUCGCCAAUGAUUACCUUUAUCACCCACAUCAGGAUUGGCCUCGCGUUGGACUUCUUGGCUGGGAGGAACUGGCACCUGGAGAGGCAGGACAGGUUUGA